GGGGCGUCUGGCAGCUUGUCCCCUGUUAGGAAGGGCGGAAACACAUGCUGCUCUUCCUCCGCUAAUGUUAUUGUCAUGUGCGAGGUGCGGCUAAUAAGCUUUUUUUGCUAAUGUGUAAUAAUAUAUCAGCCUAACGUUUUACAUGGCUACAACGUCUGUCACACCCACGGAGCUCGACCGUGACCGGUGCGGGAGUGAGGAGGAGAACCACGGGGUCGAGACGGAGGAGAGCAGCCAGCCGCACAGCGCAGGCCCAGCUACGGCCGUCAACAGCGGCCACAGCCGUAUUUCCAAACUGCCGCUGGCCCGCAUCAAGGCGCUGAUGAAAACCGAUCCAGACGUGUCCUUAGCCAGCCAGGAGUCUGUGUUCAUCAUCGCCAAAGCCACGGAGUUGUUUGUUGAGAUGAUCGCCAAGGAUGCCCUGGUCUACGCUCAGCAGGGGAAGAGGAAAACAUUGCAAAGAAAAGACUUGGACAAUGCAAUCGAGGCCAUAGAUGAAUUUGCAUUUCUUGAAGGCACACUUGAUUAAAGGCUGCCUUUGGAGACCAGUGGGAAAACUGAGAUUUGCAGCUGCCCAAGGAACUGUUGACCAUCAGAGACUUCAAAUUUAUGGAAAACUGCCCAGUACUUUUCUAACCCAGUAUUUGUCUCUCAGUUCCCCUGAUGCUGUUUCUAAAUAAUUUUCCACAAGGUACCAGUAAGACUUCUUUUUGUACUUUAAAUACAUGAGUGAUGUACAUUAUUUUGUAAAUAUUUGAAUAAGACGGAACAAUGGAAUAAAUCUAAAGUUUUUUAAA